AGAUAGCCGUCUAUUGCCUCACGAAGCCGAAGAUAUUCGGCUGUUCUAAGCUAACGCUUGAAGCACAACCGUAUUUAACUUAACCAACGUUAGCGUUACAUCUCAGAAAGCACGAGCAACGACAUGUAAGCGAGGCCGGAAGCGGUACGUCAUUAUGGUCAGAGUAGAAGUGCAAACUGAUGACAGGAAGUGGGUUAUCCCAGUUUCACCAUGCACAUGGACAGUGGACUGGGAGAACUGGAGGCCCAGCUGGCCAUUAAAGAGAGAGAGUGGAAGGAGCUCCUGGCUUCAAGGGAUCGUCAGCUGGAGAGCUCCCUCAGUCAGGCUCAGGAGGAGUGCUUGUUCCUCAGAGAACGUUACCAGAAGCUGAGGGAAGACUUCCAGUUCAACCUUGCCAUCCUGGACGAACGAGACCGAGAGCUGGAAAGAUCUGAUGUCCUGGUGGCCAGAGCUCUGAGUGUGGAUAGCGACAGGCAGCGGGAGCUGAGGCGUCUCCGUGUCCUCGUCCUUGAGCUGGAGAAGCAGAGAGACAGAGACGCUGAGGAGACGCAGCAGCAGCUCGCUGACAGCCGUCAGCAGCUGGACGAGCUGCAGCGCUCUAUGGCUGGGAAUUUUCAAACGCAAACAGAGGAGUAUGAAAGGAUGAAAUUGGAUUUGCAGUGCAGAAUACAAGAGGUGGAGGGAGAGCUGACCCUGCAGAGACAGGAGACAACGGCAGCUUGUACCUGUAAACACCACUUUGACUUGAAGAUGGAUUCCAUGCACGCUGUAGUGCAGUCCUGUGAACUCAAGCUGCUCUCUGAGACACAAGCUCACCUUCAGGCUCAGCAUCAGUCCAAAGAGGCUCUCAAAGUUUCUGAAGCGUUGUGUCAGCAGAUACAAAGCCAGCUGCACCACAAAUGCCACCAGAUGGAAGACCUCACUGCUGUCAAGGAUAGCAAAAUAAAGGAUCUUGAGGACGAGCUGAUGUGGAUGGAGAACAAAUUGAAGAAAGAGCGGGAAGAUCACGUGAAAAAAUGUGAGGAGGCGGUCCAGGCCCAGAAGGAGUGCCAGGCUCAGCUGGAGGCUGAGCGGCAGACACACACACAGCGGCUGCACGAGGCUGACAAACACAUGGUUAAAUUGCAGAGGGAAGCAGAGGUUCUGGUUGCGCAGCUGGACCGCAUACAGAAGGAGCAACAGGAGGCGAUGCAACAAACAGGCCAGACAAUCCACAGGCUUGGCAAAGAGUUGGAAGCAACCCAGACUGGCUGGGACAAGUACAUCCGUCAGGUCUCCAAAGAGAUGGUUGUCAAGGAUACAGAGAUCCUCUCCCUGCACGAGAGAGAAACCCAACUGAAGACUGAGAGUGAGAGGAGCAGGGAGGAGAUGCAGAGGUACAAGCAGCAGCUGAGUGAUGGUUUAAAGAGAGAGAUGGCCUUAGAGCAGAUGCAAGUCCAGCUGGAGGUGGAGUGGCAGACCCGCUGUGAGGACAUGAAGGCCCAACAUUACCUCUCCAAUGAGCAGCUGAUUCAAGACUUGACCCAGGCUAGAGACCAGGCUAGAGCCGAACUGAAGGAGAGAAAACAGGAGCUGCAGGACUUGACUGUGUUACUAGAAACAGAGAGAGACCAGGCAGCACAGGGUCUCACACAAAAGGCAGAUUCUCGGCUAUUAAAGGAGAUUCUUGGUCUACAGCAGCAGAACAGCGUCCUGCGGGGCGUAGUUACUCAGAUGAGGAAGGACAUGGAGGGUCUCAUCCAUCUCCAACCCCAUCAUCAGGCAAAGCCACAGGUGUCCUCUCCUCAGCCAGGUCAGAAUUCAGGAGCCCCUGCUGGCAUCGCCAUCCCUUCUACAGCUGUCCCUCAGAGAGCCACAGGACCACAGGACCAAUCCACUAAAAUCUUCUCCAACGUUAGCCAAGGAGGUGGUCGGAGCUUGGUGAAAAGUGGCCACGCCUCUACUUUGGCAAAGCAGGAGUUCAGCACGGAGCACACAGAGGCGGCUCUGGCCAAUGUCAUGCAACAGAGAGGAACCCGGUGUAUGCGACGGCAGCAGGCCUCAGGGCUCAUGUCUGGUGCUUUGUUAGAAAGCGACCCUCCUCUCCUACGUUCCAGGCUGAAGCAGGCAGCUUCCUUUAUUGCCCGUCUGAGCAGAGAGAAACAGCAGCUGAUAGAGAUGGGGAACCGCCUCCGAGCCCAGAUCACCACUGCUGGAAUGCAGGUGGAGCCAGAGAGGGACUCUUCAACAGAGAAACCCAGAGAACAGCAGGGCCGGCUGUUUGCUGUGGAGCGACUGCAGUACCAGCUCACCACACAGGAGCUGCAGUACGCACUGAUGCAGAGACCUGGCCCUUUGCCUGGAACCAACCGCCCCGGUCCCGCCACAGAAGGGCCUGCCAACCCCUGGUGCCGGGACCACAGAACCAGGCCUGAGUCAAUAUUGCAUUCAUUACAGGACAAAGAGGGGCUCACCCAGUCCCAGGGCCCGGUGGACAUGGAGCUGUCCGCGUGCCGCUUAUCAUCAGAAGGGUCGCUGCGCUCCUUAAAAGAGCUGUGGGAGAUUCUGGACGGUGGACUCAGUCCAUCCAUUGUCUCAGAAGGUGAGCGUGAGCUGGCUGACUUUGGUGAUGCUGGAGGUCAGAUGACGGUGUUCGGUAGCUGUGCUCCCAUCCAUGGCCAGCCGAGGAAGUGCCCUUCUAAAACCCCAUCAAACACCAUCAAGACCAGCAGACCUGGACCCACUGGCAGGACCUGCACGAUCAGAAACUACAACUUUAAAGACUGACAUGGACACAAGACACUCUGUCAGUGUCUGGUCAUAAGAAGUCCUACUCAGCCUGUGAACAUAAUCCUGAUUAUGUCACUAGGAUGGAUAUCCGGAUAGCAUGAGUAUGGACAUUUCUAUAAAGCUUAGGUGUUUUUUUGGUUACUUCCUGUCUGUCUCAGCAUUGAUCACUUGGUCACCAACUUUUGUGAAAGCUUCUCACUGUUGCCACAGUAGGUCAGUGGCGAAAGAAGCAGCCUAAACACAUCAUGCUGGAUAGGAUGAACGCCAGUAACCCCCGACCAGUCAGACGAGCUGUCCUGUCUACGUCAUAGCCCCUCUCCCGCCUCUUAAUCACCCUAUCCCGAUAAACCCUCCCCUCUGCUGCUAUUGGACAGAAGUCCACCACCACGUUUUGUGAUUGGCCUAUGUGCAUGUCAUCCAGAAUGCUUUGGUGUGUGUAUCCACGUGUGCCCGUACCGGUCUUCAAGUUCACGUUCGGUGUUAAAUUAGGAUGUUUAAACAUGAACCUUCCUCCCCCAGUCCGAAGCCUUGCUCUGUGUGGAUGUGCAUGGUUGUUUGUCAGUCUCUAUAAAGGAUAAGAGCCUUUGA